AUGGAUGGAAAAACUACAAAAAUGCCUAAAGUGGCGAAGGUUAAAAACAAAGCACCAGCUGAAAUUCAAAUUACAGCUGAGCAACUUCUACGUGAAGCCAAAGAGAGAGACUUGGAAAUUCUGCCACCGCCACCGAAACAAAAAAUCUCGGAUCCAGAAGAACUACGAGACUAUCAACAUCGUAAAAGGAAAGCGUUUGAAGAUAAUAUCCGCAAAAACAGACUUGUUAUUGGAAAUUGGCUCAAAUAUGCUCAAUGGGAAGAAUCACAAAAACAAGUUCAAAGGGCCCGCUCAAUAUAUGAGAGGGCAUUGGAUGUGGAUCACAGAAAUGUUACACUAUGGCUUAAAUAUACAGAAAUGGAAAUGCGCAACCGUCAAGUAAAUCAUGCUCGUAAUUUAUGGGACAGAGCAGUAACAAUACUACCAAGAGUGUCACAGUUCUGGUACAAAUACACUUACAUGGAAGAAAUGUUGGAGAAUAUAGCUGGGACAAGACAAGUUUUUGAAAGAUGGAUGGAGUGGCAACCUGAUGAACAAGCCUGGCAGACUUACAUUAAUUUUGAGUUACGCUAUAAAGAGCUUGAUAGAGCUAGAGAGAUUUAUGAAAGAUUUGUUAUGGUCCAUCCUGACGUAAAACAUUGGAUUAAAUAUGCUAAAUUUGAAGAGAGCCAUGGCUUUAUAAAUAGUGCCAGAAAAGUAUAUGAGAGAGCUGUAGAAUUCUUUGGAGAUGAGGAGUUAGAUGAAAGACUAUUUAUUGCUUUUGCAAAAUUUGAAGAAAAUCAAAAAGAACAUGAUAGGGCAAGAGUCAUCUAUAAAUAUGCUCUGGAUCAUAUACCUAAAGACAGAAAUAAAGAAUUAUAUAAAGCAUAUACUAUACAUGAAAAAAAAUAUGGUGACAGAUCAGGCAUUGAAGAUGUAAUUGUAAACAAAAGGAAAUAUAUGUAUGAACAGGAAGUUAUAGAGAAUCCUACAAAUUAUGAUGCAUGGUUUGAUUAUAUAAGACUUGUAGAAAAUGAAGGGAAUGCAGAUGAUAUAAGAGAUACAUAUGAGAGAGCCAUUGCUAAUGUGCCACCAUCCAAAGAUAAGCAAUUUUGGAGAAGAUAUAUAUAUUUAUGGAUUAAUUAUGCCUUAUAUGAGGAGUUGGAAGCAGAAGAUGUAGAUAGGGCAAGACAAGUCUAUAAAACAUGCUUAGAACUCAUUCCUCAUAAAAUAUUUACAUUUUCCAAAAUUUGGUUAAUGUAUGCACAGCUGGAAAUUAGAUGUAAAAAUUUAAAACAAGCUAGAAAAUCUUUGGGUAUGGCUCUUGGUAUGUGUCCGAGAGACAAACUUUAUAGAGGGUACAUUGACCUAGAAAUUCAAUUGCGAGAAUUCGAUAGAUGCAGAAUUUUAUACCAGAAAUUCCUUGAAUAUGGUCCAGAAAAUUGUGUGACAUGGAUUAAGUUUGCUGAACUUGAGACAUUACUUGGUGACAUUGAUAGAGCUAGAGCCAUAUAUGAAAUAGCAGUAAAUCAGCCCAGACUAGAUAUGCCAGAGUUGUUGUGGAAAAGCUACAUAGAUUUUGAAGUUUCUCAAGGUGAAACAGAUAAAGCCAGACAAUUAUAUGAGAGGUUAUUAGAAAGAACAGUUCAUGUAAAAGUGUGGCUAUCAUAUGCUAAAUUUGAAUUAAAUGCAGAAAAUCCAGACAAUAUAAAUAUAGAGUUAGCCCGUCGUGUUUAUGAACGCGCAAAUGAUAGUCUUAGAAGUGCAGGUGAAAAAGAAUCUAGAGUUUUACUUUUAGAAGCAUGGAAAGACUUUGAAAGUGAUAUAGGCGAUGAAGAAAAACUUGAGGCUGUAAUGUCAAAGAUGCCUCGUAGAGUGAAAAAGAGACAAAAAGUUAUUAGUGAAAGUGGCAUUGAAGAAGGAUGGGAAGAAGUAUUUGAUUAUAUCUUCCCUGAGGAUGAAAUGGUUAGACCCAAUUUGAAACUUCUAGCAGCCGCUAAGCAAUGGCGUAAGCAGCAGAUUGUUCCAGAAAAUAAUGAGAAUAAUACAGAUAAUAAAUCCAAUACACAAGAGGACAGUAUCCGAGACAAUGAAAAUAAAUCA